AUGGGAGGUGGAGGUGCGUUUUCACCCCUGCACAUGCCCACGAGAAACCGACCAGUCGGAUGAGCGCUGGCUUAUGCGCUGACUUGGAAACGCCUGAACGCCUGCCUUCGGGAAUUGGACUGCUACAGAUCUCAACAUGAAGAAGUCGUGGCACACGGGUACCUUUGCCAACAAGGUGGGUGGCUGACAAGUGAUCUCUUCGACCGAAAUGUUGCACCUCGCUGCCAUUUGGUAUCGUGUCUGACCCUUGCAAGCCUUUGCUCCCUCCUUGUGUGCCUGCAGGAACGAGUGUGGAAGCACGAGAAGUCUGCUUUGGAGGAACGUAAAAAGCUCCAGGAGCUGCAGAAGGAGCUGGAGCAAGAGCGCGCCGUGCAAGAGCUGCAACGCCUCCAGGCUGAGGCAGGGGGUAAGAAGCGCGCCGAUCGCGUCGACUGGAUGUAUGCCGCCCCCGCCGAGGGCAAUGGGCCCAAAGCUGAAGAGCUCGAGGCGUACUUGUUGGGCAAGAAGCGCGUCGACAAGCUACUCAAGGGCAAUGAAGAAAAGGUCCGUUACCGAUUGACGGCCUCGCCUCGAUCAGCGAAAAGCCACGUUCUAAUCUGCUUCAAUUUCGUUUUCCUCCUUCGUUCGCCGCUCCCUCGCUGCUGUGACAGUUGAUGGCGACAACUUCUGCAGAUGCGCCCGGUGGCUCGUUCACCGCUCUCCAAAAUGCCAACACGGCCCGCGACACCGCCGCCAAGAUCAGAGAAGAUCCUCUGCUCGCGAUCAAGCGUCAGGAGCAGCUGCAGUACGAGAAACUGCUGAAGAAUCCUAGACGGCUCAAAGAGCUGCGCGAACGCGAAUGCGGCUCACGCACGCUUGGUACAUCUCAUGGGGAAAGAAAGAGCAAGAAGGACGAGACCAAGGAGGAACGACGAGCACGCAAGGAAGGCAAGCGCUUGAUGGAUGAGCAGGAUGAAGGCAGUCGCAAGAGAACUUUCAGGGAAGGGUACGCAGGGAAUGAACACAGGCGUGGUGAUGGUGGCAGAUACAGAGACGAUACACACAAUGGAUCACACUCGAAGGGUCAGCGGCCGAACGGGGAGGGCAAAGGUCCCCCUUUGUCGACUCGGCACUGCGUGCGCCGGGAUGAUGAUGAAGGCUACCGAGACCGACAGCGACGCGACGAAUGGGAUAGGCACAACGUCUGGGAUCGAUCUGAUGACCGGGUUGGACACGAAGAGCGAGAACGAAGCAACGCCAGCGGUUAUGGGUGCGGUUCAGAGAGACCAGUGGACUGUCGUAUUAAUAUGGUGAGGCCGGUCCAAUCAGGAGAUCGAGCAAAUCGGGACCGCUCUCCAAGUUCUGGCAUUCGUCGCGAAAGCUCGCCACACUCAAGGAGUGAGACAAGAGGUGAUAGGCGAAGUCUUCACGGUGACGUCAAACCAUCUCGGAUGCAUGGUGGCCGCGACAUCGAUAGCCGUGCACCCUCCGGACCUCACCACCAUGAUGAUGAUCAUCGGGCCUCGCGUGCGUCUCAAACCUCAGGUCGCAAAUCUGCGCCGCUUUGGAAUGCUCGCGGCGAGACUUCGUCUGCUGAGCUUGAGAUGGCUCGAAAAAAGGCCGUUGAAGAACGCUUGGCGGUCAUGCAAGCCUCCGCUGCGUCAUUGUCAACGUCUCGUGCCGCACGAGUCAAGCAAGAGGACGAGGCCGAUCAGCGCGAGCAUGACAUGGAGAUGGAGAAACGCAUGAAGGGUGAAGGGGUGGGGCCCAGGUUCCUCCGUGAGCAGGAGAAGCACGUGUUUGGAGGUAUGGAUCUAGCCGAACGAAUGAAGCGCAGUGGCAAGACCGGCAUGGUCGGAGAAUGA